AUGUCAGUGAGCAGCAACAGCCACAGCCACAGCAGCGGCGCCCAGCCCAAGAAGGCGCGGCUCCGGAAGCGCCUGCGCGCGUGUCUGCCGCACUUUCACGCGACGGCGCCCGAAACGGAGGCGGACGCCGACGAGCUGCGCGGCAGCGAGUCCACCGCCGCCAAGAUGCCCUCGCGCUCGAGCGACCCCAUGCCCAUCCUGGGCGCCACAGGCACUAACCACUCGUGGUCCGACACGGAGGACAUGUCCCCCGUCUCCACGAAGCCCCGCCAGUCCCUGUUCAAGCACCGGCAGCACAGCUCGUCCCCGUGCUCCUCGCCGUCUUCGGUCUCUUCCUCCUCGUCGUCGACCUCCUCGACGUUCUCAGUGGCCCGGAAGGGCGUCACAUACGGCCUCGACGGCGCGCUGGUCUCCUGCCGGUUCUGCGAGAUCCUCGAGUCGGGCGACGAGCCCUUCCUGUACGAGGACGAGGACGUGGUCGUCUUCCGCCCACUGGCCCCCGUGGUGGUCAGCCACAUCCUGGUGGUGCCGCGCCGCCACAUCCGCAACGUGAACAAGCUCACGCCCGACGACGCGGCGCUGCUGCGCCGCAUGCGCGAGGUCGCCGCCAUGGUGCUUCGCGAAAUGCCGCGCCCUUCGGUCGUGCUGGCCCCUUCAAAGGCAGAGAGGGCCCACGACGCCGCACAGGACUGCACGGACGACAACGACUCUGAGGCCGACUUCAAGUUUGCGUUCCACUCACCGCCGUUUAACAGCAUCGACCACGUGCACAUGCACGCCUUCCGCACGCGCGACGGCCGCUUCGGCUGCGUCGGCUCCAUUAAGUACCGGACGGAGACCUGGUGGUGCCGCUCGUUCGACGAGGUUAUGACCCGUCUUGGUCUCCGCUGCCGCAAGCAACACGGGAGCGACGCAUCGACGGUCGAGUUGGUCACGCAGAAGAAAGAGCGCCGACGGAGACACCACGCGAGCCACCCGCCCUGCAGCAGCGAGGUCCACUCCAACGGAUCCAUGGUCUUCACGUCCGUCGAGACUCUGGGUUAA